AUGUUCCAGCAGUUCGUCUCCUUAUUGCCAACGAUGGUGCCGACAGCGCUGUUCAGUUCAUUUGGCGAGGAUGACUACAACCAGGACGAUAGCGGAGAUGAUUCGGAUAGCGAGGAACAAAGCGAGGCCAAAGAAGAGCCACCAGCUGUCGAAGAGAAGAAAGACGUGGCCGAGCUGAUCACCGAGUUGAUUGAUCCACGCGACAGUGACUGCGACAUGGACAGUGCUGCCCUCCACGAACAAGCCGAAUUGGCUGCCAGCCUUCAGCAAACGCUAAAAGAGGCACUGAAAGCCGCCGGAAACACACGUCUGAUGCAACAGAAACGACGACAAGCCAGCCCACCACAGCCGCCGCCUGCGUCGCAGGCCGCCACGGCGAAUGCGAACGCCUUUCUGGCGCCGUUUCUCCUCUCAGGUCUUACCGCAAAUACCUCCGCUAAUGGCACGAUAUUUCAACUACCGCAAGGUUGUGUGUACACGAAUUCGUCAAAUGGCUCGGAAGGAGGAGCCACUGCUAAUAGCUUGUUGAUCAAUACGGCAAAAGGCGACGAACCUGGUUCGCAAAAUCCGCUCCUGUCGUUCCCAUUUCAAUUCAAUUUCCAGCAGUUAAUGGAAUCGGCUGCGUUGGGUGCUCAAGAUCACCAACACCGAGUAAGAAGAUGCUAUAUGAAGAUCACACUCCGUCUCUUUCAUUGUGUUAUGAUAUAG